GAAUUAUCAUGAUACUCUUUCAACAUAUGCUAGUACAUGCGCCAUGGCUGUUGUUUUUCACCAGUUUGGAAAUACUAGCAGCAUUUGUGUAUGCUCAAGGUGAGAGUGAAAUAAAUUCUCCUUUCAUGGCCACAAAGUCCCGUUUAAGUUUAGGAUACAUAGGCAGAGGAUAUGAUAUAUACAAAGGAAAUCCAGCAAGCGAAAAUGGAGAGGUUGACCAAGGAUUUCGCCUUCCUGUCAUAGAUUUACCUUUCUCCACGUCCCGGUUCACCACUGAUGGAGAAUACCGAAUACCCGAUAACGUUGACGUAAUAUCUGAAACAAGUGCGUCAUUUGGAUCGUCCUAUCAUCAAUUGAUUACGGAAACAGAUUACCAGAGCAUGCUACAAGUAGAUGUUUCCGUCCACGCAGAAGGUAGCGGUUAUGGUUACACUGGAAGUUUCAGUGCCAGCGCUUCCUACCAGAAAACAGUAAAGGAGAUGUCUAAAGGAGAAGCAACUACUUUGGAUAUAAUUGGAAGAGCCAAUGUUUACAAAGCUAGAUUAGCGUCAACUGGAACAAUGUCAAAGCUGAGUGUCUUUUUGGAUAACAGUCUCAGAGCCUUGCCGAGUGAGAAUUGUGAAGAGAAUGCGAUACAACAGAUGUAUAUUAAUCUGGUCGAAGAGUUUGGAACACAUUAUACAACUGAAGUAGUCAUGGGAGCAAAGGCAACACAGGAACUUAGAUUUAAGAAUUCCGAUGUCGAUAGAUUCCAGUCUGUUGGUAUCUCGGCUAAGGUUGCAGCCGAACUAUCUACUCCUUAUGGUGUAAGUGGGGGAUUUAGUGUAGGAGUAGCAAGCAAUAAAGAAUUGAGAGAAAUGGUUCGAAAUACUGAAAAGGAGCAAAGAGAAUACUAUACCGGUGGACGUCCUCCUUCCGGUUUCGGUGAUGAUAGCACUGGAUCUACAGACAGUUUACGUGAAUGGGCGAAAUCUGCGGCGGACAAUCCAGCGCCUAUCAAAUAUAAAUUGUCUUCAAUCGACACGCUAAUUAAACCAGAAUACUUUAAAAAGACUAUACCUGGAUUGUACGAGAGACGGAAAUGUUUGCGCAAGGCUCUGUUUACUUACUGUACUAAAACAAUAUCAGCAAAUCAUUGUAGUCUUUUAUCAGAAUCAAGUUCGGACGGAAACGCAACUACUUUCAAGUUUGGUGAUUUUAUCAAAGUGACAAAUGGAAAUAGUUUUUUGGCUUUGUCCCAACAUUACGGAAUAUCACCAGGAAUGACAGUCAAACCUUUAACUACAGUGCCCGAAGUAACGAACUACGACGGAUUAUUCCAAAUUGUUCCACCAGAGGGUUUCAAUGCAUUUGGAAAUAACUUACAUUAUGGAGAACCUUACCUUCUGAAAACGUUAGAGGGCGAUAUGUUGUAUAUGGGUAAAGUGAUGAUUUUAAAUACAGAUAUGCCAUCUGACGCAAGACUACAGGAUGUGUUUACAGAUAAAGACGAACGAAGAAAUGUCAACAUCAGUCACAGUCAGAUCACUGACUUCUCAAUUUUUCUGAAGAAGGAGAAAGAUCUAGAUCUGUAUCCAGUGAAGUUUACAUUCCAUAGUACAGAUAAAACUAACCUACAAGGACAGCCUGUCAAGGUCAGCGACACGGGUUUUAUUCAUGUUUUAUCAUCAAUGCCAAGAAAAUCUUUCUGGGACCAUGGAAUUACACAGUUAAUGAGUGUAGAAAGCAUGGGUAAAUUAGGAGUCAAAGAAAUAGGACCAGGAGCACAUCAACCGAUUUCAACAGUUUGCAACGCAUUGAUAUAUCCAAGCUCAUCUGAUUUCACUGAUCGAUACGAUUUUUCUGAUUAUAUCGUUAUUUCUUUUGAUGUCAACGUCAUGGUCAAUUAUAAAAUGAGGCAUUCACAGAUAUCUAAUCUUAAAAGAACCGUAAUGGACAAUACACUUAAUCUUACUUUGCCAUCUGCGAUGUACACUACGGCUAUCAAAAUAUCUUCAAUUCAUAUUGAUACCAACACAAAUAUAACUCAAAUUAUAAAAAUGGUAGCAGUAGUUGGUUGUACCCGCGCAGUUGUAGACACAAACACUGGUAUAAUUAAAACCAUCAACCAAGAAUGGAAGCUUAAACUGAGCGAGAAUCAAAUACAGACAUCUCCAUAUCUCAAGGUCAUUCCAAAGUCGAAAAACACAAAUAUAAAUCGUGAAGAAUUAUUUAACCUCUUAGAAAAACCCGUGUCCGGUUCAUUUUCCUUAACGACUCCUUUAGCAAAAAGUCAAACCGACUGUAAUUUUACUGCUGAAGCUUUACAUAAUACUCAAGAACAAACCAGCUUGGUAGCAGAACUUAAAUUUGAAAAUGUAAAACUUACCAGAAAAUCUGACAAUAGUGGAGAAGCUGUCGUUAUUUCGAUGGACUUGACAGGCCUCAACCGAAUUGAAUAUAACCGAGGGUACAUGUCGUUAAACGACGCAGUUAAGGAAGCAAUCAAAAGCAUGACUUGUACAACUAAUAAUGAUCCAAAGGAAUCAUCACAAAGCCAACUAUCCCAAGGAACCAGUUCCACAUCUGCAUCUUCCACUGGCAUCAUUGCUGGUUUUUCUAUUGUCGGUUUAUUACUUAUUGCUGUCUUGUUGUUUUUAAUUUGCAAGACAUACAAAGAAUCAAGCAGCAAGAAAGAAAUCAAAGGACAAUUCAGAGCACCGACAAAUGUCAACAAAGGCUACAACGAGUAUACCGUGGAAGAUACUGGGAAUUAGCUCUUGAUUAGAAUGAAAAUAUAUUGACAGGCGAAAAACAUUUUAAUAUAUUACUUUUUAGAUCACCUGGCCCAAAGGGCCAAGUGAGUUUUUUUCAUCAUUUGGCGUCCGUCGUCCGUCGUUUUCGUCGUCCUUCGUCGUUAACUGUUACAAAAAUAUGCUCCUCUGAAACAACUGGCCCAAAUUUAACUAAACUUGGCCACAAUCAUCAUUGGGGUAUUUAGUUUGAAAAAUGUGUUCGAUGACCCGGCCACCCAACCAAGAUGGUCGCCAUGGCUAAAAAUAGAACAGAGUGAUAAAAUGUAGAUUUUUGCUUAUACCUCUGAAACCAAAGCAUUUACAGCAAAUCUGACGUUAGGUAAAAUGUU